CCUCAUUCCUCCCCUGAAACCAUCUCCUGCGCGCAUGGGACGCACACUCUCGAUCAGCGCGGAGGAGAAACACGCACCGAGUUGGUCUAUUAAAGCCUUCAAGUUUUUGGUUCAUGGUGAUUUUUUUUAAUCGGACACAUGAUGAGAGGCUGAAAAGGAAACUCACCGGAGUUAACUUACAAGACUAAAUAGGCUUUUGUCGUUUUGGUGGACAGUUAAACAUAAUGGAUCAGGAAGACAAAUUGGACUUUAAGGCCUUGAGGGCCAAGUUCCAGGAGGAAGAGCACCUCCUAAAGCAACCCAAAAUCAAACCUGCUCUCCCAGAGAAACCUAAAGUUGUCCCUCCUCCCCAGAGCCCUACUCACUACGUCCCUGCAGGAGCACGCCCCUCCCUGCUCACCUCCAUCAACCAGAGUCUGGAGGGGAAGGCAGUGAUCGCCCCCAGAGUGGUCUUCAAGGACGACAAGAAGGAGAGCAAAAAGCCUCUCAUCCCGACUAACUCCAAGGGGAAAGACAAGAGUGAAGGGAAGCUGAAAAAGAGUAAAGACAAGUCAAAAAGCAAAGAGAAGCUCGAUGAGGAUUCGGUGUAUCAGAAGCUGAAGAAAGAGAAUGGUAAAGACAAGAAACUCCCGCUGCUCCCCGUAGCACCUAAGGAGAAAACUGCAGAGCUGGUGCCAGCCUCGCCCCCACCCAAAGCCACAUCAUCUAAGAAAAAGGGUUUCCUGGGUUUUGGGAAGUCAGGAAAAAGAGAAUCUGUGGCGAUCACAGCAGAUCCCAUCCUGGAUGUCCCCAGCUCAGAAGCUCUAGGACCAGCUCCACUUAUUCCAGUACCUUCCGACUUUGGUGAAGCAUCACCAGAGCCAGAGCUGGCCGCACCAAAGGUCCUUCUGCCAAACAUCCCCAUACCUGACUCAAGUGCUGCAGUAGAAAUCCCCCCACCCUUCUCUAUCCCUGCCCCUCCUGACUUCACCCCACCUCCCACCUUUAUUCCCGAUACCCCAGCUCCUAAAGUGCCAGCCCCAGAGGUUGAAACUCCACUUGAAAUAGAAACUCCUGCGCUGCACGUUUCCAGGCCGGCCAGCCAAAUUGAAAUCAUUCCCGAUCCACCCAGCACCGCCCCGACCCCUCCACCCACUCUUGCAAUCUCAGAUCCUCCUCCAGUGGUCUCCACUCCCUCUCCAUCACCUCCUGAGCCUGAGAUCGCAGCUGAGGCUGUAAACAUAGCUGCAGUGGAGACACCUCCUCCUCUUCCAGUAGCUGACCCGGCCCCCAUUCAGCGGUCUCCCAAACCUGAACGUCCGAUCUCAGCCCUCUCAGCCCUCUCCAGAGCGGAGGACAUGAGCCCAGCGAGAAAGAGUACCUCAUGCGACCAGAGGAUCUUCAACGCUCUGGAGAAGGCACGCAGAAAGGCCAGCCAGCCGACAAACCCCACCCCAUCCUUCUCCAUCCCCCUACCUCCCGAAGAGUUUCCACCAUCUGAGAGUCCCAGCGUCUCAGUCCUCGAGCUCCCACCCAUUGAUUAUGAGGGGAAACCAAUUAAUGGCCUUGACCACCGGCAAGCGCCUCCAGUCUUGGAAGGUAUCACUGGCGAGGGGUCCAGCCCUGUCCCGGAGCUGUUGGUGGUUCCACCCCCUCCGCCCAAGAAAGUCCUCCCAAACCCGGAGUCUCUGGUUCCUGUUCAUGACAAGCCAGACAGACCUCCCUCUGUCACCCUGAAUGAAUUCAUCCCUCCUGCGCUUUUGGAGGAUAAUGGCAUCCCUGCUCCUCCUGAAUUCUCCGGGACCGACACCACAGAUGUCCCAGAGUUUGACGACGUGGCCUCUGAUGCUCAUUCUCCAGAGCUGCCGGUGUCAGAGUGGAACGGAGAGUACACAGGUCCGGAUACUCCAGAUGGACAGAACCUACAAGAGUUUUAUGGCAAUGGGAUCAAACCUCCGGAGUGGCGGUCCAUGGAGAACCAGGUCGGCAACGGUGUCUAUGACAGUACGGACAAUGUCUAUGAGGACAUCACCCUUUCUGCCACCAAAAAGAAAGGAAAGAGCGACGGUGGCAAGAAACGCAAAGGACCACCAAAGAAAUGA